AUGUGCAGCAACAGCUCUGCAAGCGCGGCCUCGAGGCCCCCAUUUGACCGGCCACUUGCCCUGCCAGAAGACGUGUGGAGCCUCAUAGGCGGUUAUCUGAGCAGCAGCUGCAAGCGAAGACUGCGCCUCGUGUGUCGCGACGCGCGGCGCGCAGUUGACGCCAGCGUGCGGAAGCUCACCAUCAGCCGGCCGCUGGCCCCGACCCGUGGGUCGCUGGGUCAUCAUCCGCUGCUGCAAUCGCAGCCGCCGCAGCCUACUUCCUGUAGCAACGUAGCCACCCCGGGGCAGCUGCCGCGUUUUCCGUUUCUGACCCACAUCAAGCUACUGCCAUGGCGGGAGAGCGUCAGCGCACAGGAGCUGCAGCCGCUCCUGGAUGUAUUGCCGUACCUACGGCACCUUCGGGAGUUUCGCCUGGCCGUGCCCCACCUGGCGGGGGCGACGGGGUACGGCGUUGAGGCUGGCAGCGCUGGCGGCUGUGGCUUGCCCACGGCAGUGUACGUCUUUGCCAUGAGCCGCCAGCACCAACUAGAUGCAGAACCCCGCCACGGCGACGUGUCGGCGACGCGGGAGUACGACGCGGAGGAGGAGCCUACUGGCGGCGACGGCAGCGGUUCUAGUGGUGAGCUUGGCCGCGAGGUAGCCUUCAACGCUGCCGCCGCUGCCAUUGCCUCCGCCAGCUCUGCGGCCCCAGCGGGCGUAUUGACGGCGAUCUCCCAUCCUGCCGCAACGAUGGCGGCGGCAGGGUUGUCGGCGGCAGCGUUGGCGGCGGCGGAGGGAAAUGGGAGCGCAGCUGUGGCUGAGGGUGCGGAGCUGGAGUCGUCAACCUGGGCAACCAGGAGCACUGAACGUCGUGAUCAAGGUGGUGACGGAGGGGGAGGAUGGACGGAGACCCCGCGGACGGCGGGCUUCCCAGCAGCAGCAGCUACUGCUGUUCCUACUGCUGUUCCUACUGCUAUUGCGACUACUGCUGAGGCUGCUUCAGGUUCCGCCGCCUCCAUGCGGCCAUGCGGCUCCGCUGACGGGCAAAAGAGACACGGCGGCGGCGGCGGCAGUAGCAGCAGCUGCAGCCCAUCGGCGGCACCGCCUCGCGACGCCUCGCUGAGCCUGGCGGCGGCGGCAGUAGCGGCCAGGUGGGGGCCAAACGGGCUGGCGAUCGACGCCGCCGCCGCGGCACCGGACACCGCAGCCACAGACGCGACGCAGUCGGUGGCGGGCGGCAGCGCUGCUGGUAGCUCGACCCUACGCGGUGUCGGCUGCCGCAGCGGCGCCGACAGCGGUUAUUUCGUUCCCGGCGGGUCGAACGCGGUGGUUCAGGCGAUCCAGCAGCAGCCACAGCACCCGUACGAAGAGCCCACUCGCUCGUCCAGUCCGAGCACUCAGACGUGGCACCCUCCUCCUUCCUCGGCGGCUCACCCCGCGCGGCCCCAGGACCGCCGUGAGCAGCCGCCCAGCGACUACCACCAACAGCGCCACCACCACCACGACCACCAGCGUCAUCCACGUUAUGGCCCGGCCGAUUAUGCCGAGCACCAGCAGCAUCCCGCGCCGUCGGCGCCUCCGGCACCGCUUCCGCCACCUCAGCAGCCGACACGGCUCCCUCCGGCAGCAGUCCCGGCGGCGAGGGGGCGCUCCAGGGCAGGUGCCGACUCCUCCACUCCCGGGAGCUACGGCCUGGGAAUGGACGCUACGCUGGCGCUGCUGCAGGCACUUCGCCACGUGUACGACGCCAGUGCCGCUGGCGGCGGAGGCGGGGGACGCCCGCGUCACAGGUGCGGUCUUGAUCCCGCCGCACCUGGGGGCCUAGCCAGCGCGGCGCACGAGUACGACAUUGGCGGCGGUGCCAGAGCCGCAGCUGAUGUUGGGCAGCGCCGUUACGUCCUCAGCAGUGUUGGCGGCGGCGGCGGCGGCGGCGGCGCGACGGCAGCGGCCAGAGGGCUGUUGAAAGCUGACGCCCGAUUGGGGACCAGGACCGACUGUGCCGAUCGGGAUCAUGGAGGUUCCGUCAGUAGUUGGCGACGGUGCGUCGACACGACGCCGCUACUAGCGCCCGGCGCCGCCGAAGCUCAGCUGCCCCCGGCUGUUGUGAGCGUCGUGUCGGCGGCCGCGAGGGCGCAGUACGGCGGUGGCGGCGGCAGCCGCAGCGUCGUCGCUCCAGGUUUUCCAGGCUCGACGGCGGCCUCGGCGACCGCGUCACUGUCACCAUCGCCGCCGGGGCUGGCGUUGGCGGCGGCGACGGAGCCGCCGACGCUUACGUGUGCUGCUGCGGCGAUGGUGGCUCCAACGGACCUGGCGUUGAAGGACGUCAAGCUACCGGCGUCUGGAGGAGUACGGCAGCAGCAUGGGGUCGAGGUGCAUAAAAUGGGGGACGUAACGGCAGGCGGCGGCGUCGGCCCCGCGGCGCCGUACUGCCUUGACGGCGCCGCCGAUGUUCUUGUCGAACAGGACCUUCACUUUCCGCUGCCCAAUCAGCAGCAGCAGCCGGAGCACCUAACUUCACAGCGGCCACAACUGCAGAGACAGCCAUCGCCGUCACUGCAGCAAUCGCAACCGCCGCCGCCGCCGCCGCAACCGCAACCGCCGCCGCCGCCGCCGCAACCGCAACCGCCGCCGCCGCCGCCGCAACCGCAACCGCAACCGCAACCGCCGCAGCAGCUGUCGGAUGCGGAAUGCAACAAUAUCUGGACAUGGGAGGACAAGUGGUCUCGGAGCCAGGCCCCAGGAAGCCCCACCUCCAUCUUCAUGUACGUGAACACCACCUCGACCAGCUGCGCCACCGAUAACUCCAACACCGGCACCGCCAGGUCACCCUCGUCAAGCAGCGACGGAAAUGGAUUGCUUGGCGACGGCGGCGGCUGCGGCGGCGGUGCCGCCGCGUCGGCGUCUGCUUCCGGCGACGGUGGUGGCGGCAAUGAAAGCGGCGGGAUUGGCGGCGGCGGCGGCGGGCCGGGGAGUCGCCUGGGGACCGCGGCGGGCAGUUUCUGGAUUGGACCUCCGCCACCGACUUUAGGUAUGAGAGCUAGGGGUUGCGCCGCCGGCGGCGGCGCCGACAUCAUCACCGACGUCCACACCGCAUAUACCACCCCGUCGUACGACACUGAGGGACAAUCCAGUUUUAGUACAGGGGGGUUCAGCCGCUGCUGCUGCGGCGGCGGCGGUGGCGGCGGAGGCGACUAUUUUGGACGUGUUGUCGGCGCGGACGGUCCGGCGGCGGCGGUGCCGAGACCCUUAUCGCAAACCACGAAGCCGGGGGGCUGCCGUCACUCCGGCUGCCGUGGCCACGCCCUGCCUGCCGACCCCCCCCCGCCACCCCUGGAGCUGGUAAUCGACAGCGUGUGCCUCCUGCCCGCUGGGCUAUGGCCCCAUCAGCCAACUGAGCCGCUGCUGCAGUGCCUGCUUCCAAAGCCGCCGUCGCCGCCGUCGCCGCCGUCGCCGCCGUCGCCGCCGCCGCAGCAGCAGCAGCAGCAGGAGGUGCAGUCUCCUGCGGGGAUGUCUUUUGAUGGCGGUGGUGAGGGGCACCCGGAGGAGGAGGGGAAGAGGGAGGAGGAGGAGGAGGGGCAGGGGCAGCGGGGGGAGGGGGAGAAUGAGGGGGGCAGCAGCACCAAGGAGGUAGUGAGCUCAUCGCACCUCUCAAGCGCGCUCACAGCCGAGAUAGUGGGAGCCACCGCGGCAGCGGCGGCAGCAGCGGCGGCGCCGCCGCCGCCGUCGCCACUAUCGCGUGGCGGCAGUUUUACUUGUGGAUCGCUGUCACAGCCGCCGUCGGCGCCGUUGGCACAGCUUCCGCCGCCGCCAACAUGCACUGGCGGCGGCUCCGGCGGCCGCGCACAAUCCACAGCAGCUCUCCGCCGUACGACAGAUGUAGCGCCUGCGUGCCGUACACCUGCUGUUCAUCGGCCCCCCCUCGCACUCGCAUCCGCAUCCCCGCCGCCGCGACCAUCCGCCGCGUGCUCAUCUGAUCUCGCCGCCGCCGCUGCCGCCGCCGCCGCCGCCGCCGCCGUACCCUUAGCCACCGUGACGGCAACGUCCGGAGCCUCAACUGCCACCAAGCUGGCCGCCCUGAGCCAUCCCGUAGCCGCCACCAGCCCCGCCCACAUUCCCGCAGCGGCCCCACCCCUGUCCAGGUCCUUCUCACCCCGCCCCGUUCUGAUGCUCACCCUGGCGGGCCCCGGCGGCUGGCUGGUGGGCGGCCGUGCUGACGUGGCGGCGUUGACGUCAUUGGGCCCCGUACUGCAGGAGUCCCGCUGGCGGGUACGGCAUUUGGAGCUGCGAUUGGAUCCCACGGUAUUCAAAGUAGCGGGAGGGGGGGGAGGGGGAAGGGGAGGGGGAGUGAAUACAGGUGGUGGCAGCUCGGCGGCGGCGGCGGCGGCGGCAGCCGGAACCGGAUCAUGCUCAGCUGUCCUUGAAGUCCGGGAGCUGGCGGCGGCACUGGGGGCCCUGGGGUCCCACCUAGAGCGACUUGAGCUGUACGGCAGUAGCAGCAGCAGCAGCAGAACAGUCAACAACAGCAACAGUACGAAUGAAAGAAAUCCUCCACACGGAAUCGGAGGGAGAGGGGACGUACAUCGGGUGGUUUCGGAGCAGGUUGCUGGCGCCGGCGGCGGCAGUCCUUCGUCCUCCUCCAGCCCCUUCCUGGACCUGUCUGUGUCGUUUUGGCGGGAACUGGAAAGAGCGGGUGCGCUACCCAGGCUGCGACACUUGCUGUUGUCGGGCGAUCUGUCCCUGAGCCGCGCCGCCUGCAGUCAGCUGCCCCGCUGUGUACCCGGCCUCACGCACCUGGGGCUGUGGCUCCACCACUACAUCACAGACGGACAUAUGGACGCACUCUUCGGAGCCACAGCACCCCGCAUACCCACCUCGCAACCCCCGCAAACACCGAUCCUCCUCCUCCCGGCUGCUGCUCGCGGCCUGGCGGGUCUCCGUGGCCUGGCGGCGGCGCACAUGGACCUGACGGCGCCGCUGCUGUUCGCGGCGAGUGCCCCCGCUGGGCUGACCUCUCUGUCGGUGUUCCGGUUCAAGCACGGAAGCAGGCCCGUCCACACGAGUUUUCCUCGUGUUGUGGACUUGACGUGCCGCGACUGGCCCGCCGCCACCGAUAUGGCCGUCGCUGCAGCCGGCCUGGAAGGCCUUACGCGCCUGACGCUGGUGCCGUACAGCCAGUACGGCACCGGAGAAGGGGCCGUGGUGGCGGCCAACCUGCGCGUGCUGUCACAACUGAGCAGUGUUCAGGAGCUGCACCUAUUCCGCUUCCGUACAUUGGCCGGUACGACCCGUACUUUGCAGCAAUCUGUACGGCACUUGCCCGCCCUCACCCGCCUCACGCUCACUUGCGUGCCGGGGUACAGCGUACCCCACCGCCGGCUGGGCUGGGCACCUCGCCUCUUCAACGGACUUACGAAACUGGAGGUCCUCGUGGUGGACGCCGCGUACUGCGAUUGGGACGUGCUGGGCUCCCUGGAGUUGUCCGCCCCCGGACUGCCCCGGCUGAGCUGCCUCACGCUGCGGAGGGCGCUGAGGGUGACGCCGAGGGCGGCGCGUGCCGCGCUGGCGGCGCUGCCGGCGGCGGCGCCGCUCCGGGAGGUACGACUGGAGCGCUGCCGCGGCGCCGGCCUGAGUCAGCGGGUUGAAGCCGUACUGCCGAUCAAACUGCGGCGCCGGGGUCUCCUGGUUGAGUGGGUGGCGGAGAGUCCGGAGGAGAGCGCGGGUUUGGGGGUGCGGUCAGAACCUCGAAAUGGUGGUGGCGGUGGUGGUGGCGGUGGAGGCGUAGGGGCGGGCGGUAAUGUAGCGGUAAUUGAGCGGGGAAGUCAAAUGGUCGAUGCGCAGGAUAAUGGGGGUGGAGGUGGGGAUGAGACAGCAGGCCGCGAGGAGGGGGGAAUGGAGGAGGGCGGUGGCGGCGGCGGCGGGCCCUUAGCCGUGGUGAUGGCGGGAAGGGGACACCGGCAGGGUGCCGUACGGGUGGUGGCGGCAGUAGCCGCAGCGGGUACGCCGGCUAACGAGGUGGGCCCGGUGGCCGGGUCCCGGUGGGGCAGGGGCCAAGGCGCGGGUGAGGGCGAGGGUGGGGAGGCGAGUGGAGGUCACCGUCACACGGACAUCCAGGCUAGGCGAACCCCGCUCAUCCAGCCCGUGCUGUUGCCAAAGCCGCCCCUCCCGGGCACCGGGUUCUCCGGGUCAGCCGACUUGAGGACGCACUCGCGAAAGCGUUCCAAACCCGGACAGCCCCGUGGGUCGCCACACCAGCUCCAGGUAUUGCAGUACUGGCAAGGCGGCAAAUCCUAA